UCUCGGAUACAGACAAGCUAUUUCAUCAGACAAGCGUUGUUGGUUCAGUUGCGGGGAUAACAACGUACGAAUUUAUGGCGAGACAAAAAAUCUGAGAAACCAUGUAUUUGGACUGCGGCGAUCCUCAUGUUCAGGUGUCUUGAACCUGCAAUGCAACGAUAAGACAUGGCAGAGACUACAGAGAAUGAGCUAGUCGGUACCCAGAGGCAACCCCUCCGUCCCAUUUCGCCGAGAGCCCAGGGCACUCUCCAGCGGGGCAUCGUAAUCCAGCUGACUGGGACAGAGGGCGAGUGGGACAGUCUGGAGGACAGUGACCUCAUCUUCACUCUGGACCGUGAUGAGGAGGGGCCUCCUAUUGCCUCCCCCAAAGAGAGGCCCAGCCAUGGCGACGUGCAGCCAGAGGGGGACUGGGGCCUUCGAUCACCGGCCUUCCACGUCCCCCUUUCCCCCUCUUCUCCUGGGUCGCUGGGAGAUCUGUCCGUUUCAGCUCCCAGCUUCCUGUCUCCGCACUCCUCCUCGGCCACAGCUCCUCCCACCCCCAAACCAUUAGCCAGCCUGGUGAAGUCCUUAUCCACCGAGAUUGAGUCCAAAGAGACCUCUUCCCUGAAGCCCAGGCCUCUCCUCAGUCUGGUCAAGUCCAUCUCCACGGAGAUCUCCCGCAGCGAGCCUGAAGUCUCUCAGUCCAAGUCGGACUCCAGGCUCAACCUGCACCUGUGGAAGCAGCUCACCCAGCCCAAGGCUCGAAACGGAGACUCCCGAACGGCCCCGCCGUCCCCCAGCAGCCUCUCCCCCUCCGAGCACAAAGGGGGCUUCUUCAAAGUGGAGCUGGAGGACACUCGCCGCAAGCUGUCCGAGGCCAUGCAGGAGCCCUUCAGCAUGUUCAGCAAAAUCAUGGGGGAUGAGAACUCGGGCAGCCCUAAGCUGCAGAGGGCAACCGGGUCAGCUGACUCUCCCAGCUUCAAGGGGGUCUAUGGGGGCGGGGGGAGAGCAGCUGGGGACUGUGUGGCCACAGAGACUCACGGACGGAGCUGCCUGACUGUGUGCGACACGCCAGUGAGGCAGCCCAGGAGGGCUCCCCUGAGGCCGUGCCUUUCCGCAGAGCUCCGCGGCAAGCUCGGCACCCAAGGCAGUAAAUACGAGAUCUGCACCUACGGUGAUGUCAUUCAGGUGGUGGAGAUUGAAGGCGGGGAGCGGCCGCGCGGACUGCCAGGAGACCUGAUCCCAGCGCAGCCUUCUCCGCCUGUACCAGGCAGGUGGCUGUUCUGUGUAGCUGCGCUGGCCUACAGCUACUUCAUCCUGCCCCUGCCCUCCUACAUGUCAGGCCUGUCCCUGGGUUUGGCCUGCGGCUUCAUGCUUGGAUUACUCCUCGUCCUCCUGCUGGCUUCCCGCCAUCCUGCUCUCCCGCGCAGGAGAGUCCCAACCCUGAAUGAGAAACUGCAGUCUGAGAUCCUCAGCAGAGAGCACAGGGACCCUGAGGUCCUGAAGGGCUGGAUGAACGAGAUGCAGGCGUACGACCCCGAGACCUACCACCCGUCCCUCACCCACUCUGUGUACGCCACACUGGAAGGCUCCUGCCUGCGGCUGGCGUACCCCCGCAACAACGUCCCUCGCAGGGCCACCUUCGACGAGCAGCCCCACGAGGCCGUCUUCAUCAGGUCGCGCUGCUUCCAGCUGGCCAACAGCAAGGUGUCUCUCUUGCCACCAGCUCUGGCACGCAAGAGAGUGUGGAAUAAGAAAUAUCCCAUCUGCAUCGUGCUGGCGGAGGGACAGAGCGGCACGGAGGAGGAUGGUGCAGAGGAGGCCCACGAAGAGGAGCAGAAACCGGAGCAACAGACCUCCUCUGUUACCCCAUCAGGCCUCCCCACUACUCUCUACCUCUUUGGCAGGACAGGCAGAGAGAAGGAAGAGUGGUUUCAGCACUUCCUUUUUGCUUCCAUGGCUAAAGACAAGGACAGCCACAGUAUGUGUGGCUCCAGGCGUGAUGUGUCAGCUCUGUGUGGGUCCAGCCCCUCAGGUUGGGCACAGUGCAGCGGUGGCUCUAGUAGGGGCAGCACUGAGGACAUUCCCUCCCUUCUGCGCCUGCGGGACCUGGCAGGCAGCAUGAGGGAGAAGAUUCUGUUGGACUAUCACAUGUACAUGGCAAGCUUCAUUGGGUCAGAGGGUGGAAGCCCUCCCCUGAGCCCAUGCCACAGUGCUGAAAGCAGUCCCACAGCCAAGAGGAAGUUCCUCUGUGAGCACUCAGGUGACCGCGCUGAUCCGCGGCCUGUCUGGAUCAACGCCCUCAUAGGUAGGAUCUUCUGGGACUUCCUUCGUGAGAAGUACUGGGCAGACCAGGUGGCCCAUAAGAUCCAGAAGAAGCUGAGUAAGAUCAGGUUGCCUUACUUCAUGAAUGAGCUGACUCUUACGGAGCUGGACAUGGGCACCUGCAUGCCCCAAGUAGUGAGCACAUCCAGGCCCUCGGUCAACCACAGAGGUCUGUGGCUGGAGCUGGAGGUGGUCUACACAGGUUCCCUGCAGAUGACCUUAGAGACCAAGAUGAACCUGUGCAAACUGGGCAAGGAGAAUGGCGUGGAGGCAGACAGCACUCUCGAGACCGGCAGUGUGGCCUCCAGGUCUCGGCUGUGUGUUCUGGCUGACAGUGAUGAGGAAUCUUCAAGUGCUGGUUCCUCAGAUGAAGAGGAAGUGCCGCUCUCCGAGCCCCAAGGAAGUCUGGGAGAAAAAAGCCUUCCACCUGGCGCUGAGGGUCAUGGUAGUGCCAGUACCGGCAGGAAAAUUUUGAGGUUUGUUGACAAAAUUGCAAAGUCCAAGUACUUCCAGAAGGCCACAGAGAAUGAAUACAUCAAAAAGAAGUUUGAAGAGGUAUCCAACACUCCACUGCUGCUAACAGUGGAAGUACAGGAGCUGUCUGGAACCCUGGCUGUCAAUAUUCCACCUCCCCCAACAGACAGGAUAUGGUAUAGUUUCAGUGUACCGCCCAGGCUGGAUCUACGUGUCAGACCAAAGCUCGGUGAGAGAGAGGUCACCUUCACUCAUGUAACUGAGUGGAUCGAGAGGAAAUUACAGCAUGAGUUCCAGAAAGUCUUCGUGAUGCCAAACAUGGAUGAUAUUUAUCUCCCUCUCAUGCACUCUGGUCUGGACAAUCCUCCACAAUCCCAGCGUUCCCCGUCCCAAUCUUCACGCCAGUCCUCUGUUGACUCACUGGAAAGGACUGUCCAGGAAAAUACAACAGAGUCAAAAUAGUGCCUUUUUGAGGAGAUAUAUGAAAAAUGCUGUGUCAG